AUGGAUUCCAGGCCUCCUCGGACGGCUGCUCCGAGCCCGGGGAGCCCCCUCUCUGCCGCCAAUGCCACCACACCCUGGCUGGGCCGGGAUGAGGAGCUGGCCAAGGUGGAGAUCGGCGUCCUGGCCACCGUCCUGGCGCUGGCCACAGGGGGCAACCUGACGGUGCUGCUGACGGUGGGUCGGCCGGUCCGCAAGCGCUCCCGCAUGCAGGUGUUCGUGCUGCACCUGGCCCUGACCGACCUGGGCGUGGCGCUCUUCCAGGUGCUGCCCCAGCUGCUGUGGGACAUCACCUACCGCUUCCGGGGCCCCGACCCGCUCUGCCGGGCCAUCAAGUACCUGCAGGUGCUGAGCAUGUUUGCUUCCACCUACAUGCUGCUGGCCAUGACGCUGGACCGCUACCUGGCCAUCUGUCACCCCCUGCGCAGCCUCCAGCAGCCCAGCCGGUCCACCUACCCGCUCAUCGCAGCCCCCUGGCUGCUGGCGGCCGUCCUCAGCCUCCCUCAAGUCUUUAUUUUUUCCGUACGAGAGGUGAUCCAGGGCUCUGGAGUGCUGGACUGCUGGGCAGACUUCCGCUUCCCUUGGGGGCCACGGGCCUACAUCACCUGGACCACCCUGGCCAUCUUCAUCCUGCCGGUGACCAUGCUCACAGCCUGCUACAGCCUCAUCUGCCACGAAAUCUGCAAGAACCUCAAAGUCAAGAUGGAGGCUGGGCAGGCCGAAGGAGGGAGCUGGGGCACGGGGAACAGGCCAUCCGCUCCUCGUGGUCCAGUUGCAGCCACACGGGGGCUGCCGUCCAGGGUUAGCAGCGUCAGCACCAUCUCGCGGGCCAAGAUCCGAACUGUGAAGAUGACCUUGGUCAUUGUGCUGGCCUAUAUCGCCUGCUGGGCGCCUUUCUUCAGUGUCCAGAUGUGGUCUGUGUGGGAUGAGAAUGCCCCCAAUGAAGGCAAGUAUUCAACCAAUGUGGCUUUCACCAUCUCCAUGCUUUUGGGCAACCUCAGCAGCUGCUGCAACCCCUGGAUCUACAUGGGCUUCAACAGCCACCUGUGGCUGCAUGCCCUGCGCCGUCUGGCCUGCUGCGGAGGCGCCAGGCCCGGGAUGCGCAGGCGGCUCUCCAACGGCAGUCUGUCCAGCCGCCACGCCACCCUGCUGACCCGCUCCAGUGGCCCGCCUGCCCGCGGCCUCAGCCCCGGACUCAGCAGGAGGCCAGGGCCCAAAGACUCCCUGCGGGGCGCAGAGCAGGUGGAUGGUGAUCCUGCCACUGAGACCAGUGCCCUUUAG